AUGUCUUCAUCUCAGGCCGACUCUGGGGUCGACCACGACGAACGCUUUAGACAUGAAGUCUUGAAAGGUUUCGCAGAAGAUCUUCAAGACAUAGCAACUGACAAGGACAAGCAAGACCUUCUCACUUCUCUCAAGAGUUUUGCCUUACACUUCAUCAAAGAGCCACUUAAAAGGCCUAUGGCAGACCUCUCUACGGUGCAGCAGAAUCUUGACGUCUUGUGGUAUAUGUUCUUCAAAGCCAGCACCGCUAUGGACAGUGACAGCUUGUUGCAAGAUCGCCUUGUCCUUCUUCUAUUGUGGACAAGACAGUUUGAUCUUGUGUAUAAAGAGCUCUACACUGGACAGAAAAUCUCAAGAAACUGGGAAUCUUAUGGUUUUGCACAGAGUUUACAGACAUUCUGGGAAGCGCUGGUGAAAGAAGGUUCAGAGGCUGAGCUGCGAAGCCUUGCUACUUUCUCUGCCAAGGUCUUGGCUUCUGGCACAUGCGAGGAUCAGAUCUCCUCGACUGGACUAUGGUAUAUGCGCGAGACCCUUGAGACCAGCAAUGACAACAUUGCCAAGUUUCUGCCUGGCGCAAUUGUGUGGAUGGAACUGUGUCCUCACGCGCUUCUCAGGGACUGCGUUCUCAAAGCAGACGAACAGCAGUCGGAACAGUCGUCACUGAAUCUUGGGCUCCUUGGGCAGGAUCAGUGCGAAGAUGAGACCGGAUUCAGCAUGACACGGUGGUUGUUUUGGAGACGUCGAUUCCAGAAGCUUAGCCAUCACCCCGAUACUUCGCUUGCGCAACUUGCUAAGAAGGGAUUCAUGGCUAUGAUCCACUGCGGACGAGAUGUCGAUUAUAGUGUCCUAGGAGAAGACGUGUUUGCUGAGAGAUUACAGGCCACUAUGUGGGCUGAGCUCGUCAAGAGUGGAAAGGAAAGCCUGGAUGGCGAUGAUAUCGAUAUCGACCCCGAUUGGGUUGAUAGGAAGAACUAG